CUUCAGAUUUUAAUUUUAAUUAUUAUUAAAACAAUAGACGGGAAACCUGUUUCUUUCUCGAGAAGACUGAGGAAGUAAUCCCACUCUCUUUUUCUUCUUCAAUGGCGAUUGCUGAUCAGCCUGAGACCAUAGCCACUGCUAUCGAGCAUUCUACCGUGCGCCGGAGGCCCACCGCCACCUCCGCUGGUGGUCUCUACAAUUCGCCGGAGUCCACCGACAGCUCCGGCGAAGACUUGGUCAAGGAUUCCGGUUCCGAUGACUUCAUGGACACCGUGGACAGCGGGGUCGGCUAUUCACAACCACCGCAAAAGCAUGAGGAUAAAACCUCCGUCCUCGACUUCGCUUACCGGCCUUCGGUCCCCGCUCACCGUAAAGUCAAGGAAAGUCCUCUCAGUUCCGACAGCAUUUUCCAUCAGCUGCAGAGUCAUGCGGGCCUCUUCAACCUCUGUAUCGUAGUACUUGUUGCAGUAAAUAGCAGACUCAUCAUCGAGAAUCUAAUGAAGUAUGGCUUUUUGAUCAAGUCUGGCUUUUGGUUUAGUUCAUAUUCAUUGAGUGACUGGCCCCUUUUCAUGUGUUGCCUUUCUCUUGUGAUAUUUCCUUUUACUGCGUUUUUAGUGGAGAAGUUGGCACAACGGAAGUGUAUACCUGAAUCAGUCGUUGUUCUACUUCAUAUAAUCAUUACCUCAGCUUCAGUUUUGUAUCCAAUUUUAGUAAUUCUCAGGUGUGAUUCUGCUUUUCUAUCGGGUGUCACUUUAAUGCUACUUUCUUGCGUUGUCUGGUUAAAAUUGGUGUCUUAUGCACAUACGAACUAUGAUAUGAGACAACUUACCAAAUCAAUUGAAAAGGGAGAAGCAGUACCCAAUACUGUGAAUAUGGACUAUCCUUACAGUGUGAGCUUCAAGAGCUUGGCAUACUUCAUGGUUGCUCCUACAUUAUGUUACCAGCAAAGCUAUCCUCGCACACCUUAUAUUCGAAAGGGUUGGGUGUUUCGUCAAGUUGUCAAGCUGAUAAUAUUUACAGGAGUUAUGGGUUUUAUUAUUGAACAAUACAUUAAUCCUAUUGUACAGAAUUCACAGCAUCCUUUUAAGGGAGACCUUCUUUAUGCCAUCGAAAGGGUUCUGAAGCUUUCUGUUCCAAAUUUAUAUGUGUGGCUCUGCAUGUUCUAUUGCUUUUUUCACCUUUGGUUAAAUAUACUGGCAGAGCUUCUUCGAUUUGGUGAUCGUGAAUUCUACAAGGACUGGUGGAAUGCCAAAACUGUUGAAGAUUAUUGGAGAAUGUGGAAUAUGCCUGUUCACAAAUGGAUGAUCCGCCACCUAUAUUUCCCGUGUUUAAGGCAUGGUAUACCAAAGGCCGUUGCUCUUUUAAUUGCCUUCCUGGUUUCUGCUUUAUUCCAUGAGCUGUGCAUUGCUGUUCCUUGCCACAUAUUCAAAUUGUGGGCUUUCGGUGGAAUUAUGUUUCAGGUUCCUUUGGUCUUGAUCACUCAUCAUCUGCAAAAUAAAUUCAGAAACUCAAUGGUUGGAAAUAUGAUUUUUUGGUUCAUAUUCAGUAUCCUUGGACAACCUAUGUGUGUACUGCUCUACUACCACGACUUGAUGAAUAGGAAAAUCAAACUUGACCAGAGCUAGGCAUUACAUUAUUAACGAGUUUUUUUCAGUUUUCGGCGUGUAUAUUUGAUGUGGUUAUGUUGCUCAAUAUUGUUUUCUUCGAGUACUUACAUCUAUACUACCUUGGCAGUGGCUACUCUGCCCUGAAUGAAUAUGCACGUGAUAUGCCAGUUCGCGAGGCUAA